ACCGCUUCCGCCCCCUUCAAUAUGGCGGCGCGGUGUGUGCUUUGCUGACUCCCGAACGCUGGUCCGUGGGUGCCAUGGUCUUCCUCACGACACAGCUGUGGCUGCGAAGCCGCCUCACUGACCGCUACUGGCGGGUCCAGGAGGUGCUGAAGCACGCCCGGCACUUCCGGGGAAGGAAGAAUCGGUGCUACAGGUUGGCAGCCAGAGCUGUGAUUAGAGCCUUUGUGAAAUGUACGAAAGCACGAAGAUUGAAGAAGAGGAACAUGAGGACACUUUGGAUCAAUCGGAUCACAGCUGCUUCCCAGGAGCAUGGCCUGAAGUACCCGGCCUUCAUUGGAAAUUUAAUUAAGUGCCAAGUGGAGCUCAACAGGAAAGUGCUUGCGGACCUGGCCAUCUAUGAACCAAAGACUUUUAAAUCUUUGGCGGCUUUGGCCAAAAGGAGGCGAGAGGAGGGAUUUGCUGCUGCCUUGGGGGAUGGGAAGGAGCCAGAAGGUGUGUUCUCCCGUGUGGUGCACUACCGCUGAGGUCCUGCUCGCCAUUGUGUGACUUAGAAGAUGUUUUUCUCCUGAUGGUCCUAACGACUAAAAUAGGAGAAGUAAGUCUAGCCGAGAGUUUGUAAGUCAAUUUACAAAUGUUUAUGUUUUAUUAGCAAGUGUGAGAGAAAGGUCUUGUCUUCCUUCCUGUUGGGACAGGUUCACAGACCUGUCUUAUAUAGAUCAUAAAGAUAAAGCUUGUAUGGUGGUCUGCUUUGCAAGUUGUGUUUCUUGCAUCCAGUAAACAGGGCACCCCAAGGGGUGCAAUUGCCUCAGGUGCCCUGGCCU